UUUGAAACACUAGCUAGCACACGCUUCUUUAUGUGCAUGCUUAGUUUAUGAGUAGCGUUUUUCAUAUGGAAAAUCUUAUGGACUGGAUUUUUAUUUUAUUUUUUGCUGGAACUCCACUUUGGGGUUGCAGUGAAAUCUGAACCACCGCAACGUGGGCUGCUCAGGGUCCCAUGUGAGGUGUAACCGUGUGUAAUUGUCAGGUAAUUGAAGCAGCUUGUUGUGUUAUAUAAGAGGACACCCUGAUGAUCAGCCUCAACAUCAGCCUCAGCCUUAUUUCAGCUCAACAGUCAACCCCCACUUGUGAAUUUGCAGAUUUCGCCUAAGCCAAAAGCUAGCCAUGGUUACUAACACCACAAAGUUGUUACUGACAGACAUGGUGUUAGGGGUUGACCAUGUUCCUUCAAACUACGUUCGACCCCCCUCCGAGCGUCCUAAUUUUAAGGAUGUCCAGGCAUCAGAUGUCUCCAUUCCUCUCAUAGACCUACAGGACCUCCUGGGUCCUGGCCGCCCUGAUGUUGUCAAACAGAUUGGCCAAGCCUGCCAACACGAUGGUUUCUUCCAGAUUAAAAACCAUGGGGUGUCCGAGACCAUGAUCAGUAACAUGUUGAGGCUAGCCAGAGACUUUUUCCAGCUGCCAGAAAGCGAGAGGCUCAAGAACUACUCUGACAAUCCUUCCAAGACAACCAGGCUCUCCACUAGUUUUAAUGUUAAGACAGAAAAGGUAGCCAACUGGAGGGAUUUCUUGAGGCUCCAUUGUUACCCUCUGGAGGACUAUGUCCAUGAAUGGCCUUCCAAUCCUCCAUCUUUCAAGGAGGAUGUGGCUGAGUAUUGCACUAGUAUCAGAGAACUAGUACUGAGACUGCUGGAAGCCAUUUCUGAGAGCUUAGGCCUUGAGAAAAACUAUGUAAAAGGGGUAUUAAGCAAGCAGGGGCAGCACAUGGCUAUGAACUACUAUCCACCAUGCCCGCAACCAGAGCUGACCUAUGGGUUACCUGGACAUACUGAUCCCAAUUUAAUCACUGUUCUUCUCCAAGAUGAUGUGCCUGGGUUGCAGGUCUUAAGGGAUGAAAAAUGGGUGGCAGUCAAUCCUAUUCCAAAUACCUUCAUUAUCAACAUUGGUGACCAAAUGCAGGUAAUCAGCAAUGAUCGAUACAAGAGUGUGCUGCAUCGAGCUGUGGUGAACUGCAACAAGGACCGGAUCUCCAUCCCAACGUUCUACUGCCCAUCACCAGAUGCUGUAAUAGGCCCUGCCCCGGAACUAGUCAAGGAUGAUCACCCAGCUGUCUAUAAGAAUUUCACUUACGGGGACUACUACACUCAAUUUUGGAACAGGGGGCUUGUAACAGAGUGUUGCUUAGACACGUUCAAAAUAUCACCCACCUGAGGUGCAUGAAAUGUGCUAUUGUAUCUUAAAUUCUUCUUUAAUGUACUUGAUGGGUUUUAAUUAAUCUAGUUGAAGAUCGUUCUACGAGAAGAUUGCUACUUGUUAAACAUUUUCA